CAACUAUUGCUUCUUCCUAUUUCACUUUUCCCCAUUUUUGCCUUUACAAAUCCAUAACUUAAAGCUCUCAUCUGCAAAUAUAUAUACAUAUAUAUAUGUAUGUACAUUUAUGUAUAUAUUUGCAGGUAUAGUUUGAAGAAAUGAUAGCAUUAAGACCAGUUCUAGUUCCAUACACUUCACAAACCUUACUCACCAGCCAUGGAAAACCCACCCUGAUGAUGAAACACAGCAAUGAAAUGUCUGAAAAAAAGCUUGUCUACAAGAACAGAAGGGUUGGAAUCUUGGUCAUAACAACAAUGGCUGCUUCUUUUUCUUCUUCUUUAAAUAAUAUUGCUUGUGGACUUGACUUAAGAAUGGUGGCACCAGACCAAACAAUUGAAGAAGCAAAAAAUGGGAUUCAAAAUCAUGCAAAGGGUUUAUUACAAGUGAAGGAUUUGAUUGAAUUAAAAGCAUGGCGUGAAGCUCAAAAGGAAUUAAGGAAGAGUUCGUCAUUGUUGAAACAAGAUAUUUAUACUAUUAUUCAAGCGAAACCUGGAAAUCAAAGGCAAAAUCUUAGGAAAUUGUAUUUUAAUCUUUUUAAUAGUGUUAGUAAGUUGGAUUAUGCAGCAAGGGAUGAAGAUGAAUCUAAAGUUUUGCAGUGUUACGAUAAGAUUGUUUUGGCUCUCAAUGAAAUUUUGUCAGAACUAUGAUCAAGUUUAGGUUAAAUUCUGUUAUUAGUCCCUCUUCUUUAAUUUGAUCAAUUUUAAUCAUUAUACCUCCA